GCCAAAUGUAGCAUAUUUGGUUGAAGUUGGACCUGUCAAGAAGUAUCAUUGAAAUGGCAGGUUCUACCAAAAAAUUAUGGCACUAGUAAAACAGUGGCGGCUAUUUCUGAGAACAGUCUUGAACAAUUACUUUAACCCACAUGGAACAAUGGUGAUGAGGAGCUUGAAGUCUUUACGGGGAAUUAUGUGGAUGGCACCCCCGGGGUGGUGAGUGGAGGUGGCGGGAGAAAGUCCGUGAAGACUGGCAUGAAGGAGCUUGCAGUCAUGCGAGAGAAAGCGAAUGAACAGCAGAGACAGAUGGGCAAAGUCAUCAAGCACCACCACAACCAUGAAGAGUUGAAGAAAUUACGGCCAUCAUCCAUGAGGACCCCCUGCCAGCAGGAAUUGGAUCAGGUCUUGGAACGUAUCUCAACCAUGCGUCUGCCAGAUGAGCGUGGCCCGUUGGAGCACCUCUAUUCCCUGCACAUCCCCAACUGCGACAAGCAAGGCUUUUACAAUCUCAAACAGUGCAAGAUGUCUGUGAAUGGUCAGCGAGGAGAGUGCUGGUGUGUGAACCCCAUCACUGGGAAAGUGAUCCAGGGAGCACCCACCAUCCGCGGAGACCCCGAGUGCCACCUCUUCUACACGGCACAUGAACAGGAGGAGCGGGGAGCACAUGCCCUGCGCAUGCAGUAGAUGGACGCGUUCCUGCUCACUGGAGACAGCUCAGCCUGGCCAGAGUGCUGGAUUUUACAUGGGUUUCAGCAUGUCUAUUUAUAUUCUGAAAAAGACUGGCUUUGUGCAUUGCCUGUGGCCCUCUUCUCUUGCCUUCAGCCUGCUGGGGAAGGACCGGGGUGCAGGGUGGGUUGCAAGGGGGGAAGGGGCAGAAAUUGCUUUUCUUUGGUCUUUCGUGUAAAGUCAAUGAAAGACAAAACUUUGUCUUCUGUCAGCUGUGCCCCCACUGCAGCGUACUAGGUAUUCGCGUGCUUCCAGAGUCACCUGCGGCCCACUAGCCCCACCACCGCAAAGUGAUAGCAUAGUGCAAGGGAAACAGGGCAUAGGCGGGAGGCCCAGGUGAAAACCACGCAGCCCUGUCGAAUGUAAAGUCCUGAGCUCCCCGGAUGUCUCCAAAGAGCCUAGGUGAUAAUGCUCAAAACAAGAUGGAUGAAAAUCUUUGCCCCCCAAGACCAAAGAAUGUAAAUAAUGCACAUCACCUCCUGCUCGAGUCCUGUCAACGUGUCCCUAUUGCAGAGCUGCUGUUUCUGUUUGUCAUGAAGUGGGCUGUGGUGGUGGGGUAGGAAAGGAGGGGAAUUCCUGAAUUUCCCAGAUGGAUCACGCCAGUACACAGCUCCAAUCACCCUCCUCUAGGAAGGCAAUGGAGAGAGAAAGGAAUUGAGAUGGUACAGCCAGCCCCAUGCAUUGUGCCUGGGACCACAUCCCCAGAGAUGCGGAGCACUUUCAGCUCUCAUAGACUUCACUGAGAGUGGAUAGUUCCUAGUAUCUCUCAGGACCGGGCCCUGAAUUAUAAUCUAAAUCUUAAAGAUCCAGUCCUGGGAUCUGCUGGGCAAUCUCACUUCUUGGGGAUAGGAGCCUUACUGGUAAGGUGGGAAUUAAGGCCUGAUCCUGAGAGAUGCUGACCACCUGCAAUUUAAUUUAAUUGCAAGUGCUCAGUAUUUCACAGGAUCAGGCCCUACAUUUUUUAAUUGAAGGAGCAAGAAUUAAAUUGCAGAGAGAGGAAGGCUCUUGCAGAUUUAGGGUAACAAUCCAGGGAGUCUCUCUCUCUCUCUCUCUUUUUCUAAAUAGCAAAAACCCAUCUAAAACCCGCACUUCCAAGCGGCUGCCAACGUCCCUCAUAUGUUGCAGGGAGCAUCAGCCAUUCAGCACACACCUUUUGUAAGUAAAGUGCAGUAUAUAUAUAGUGCUUUGAAAGCGCCCCUGUGCGCAUGCGCGCGCGCACACACACACACAGACACACCCCCCCCCCCCGUAGAUUUAAUAAACACAAUUCCAGGAACUGUCGGUGAUGUUGCACUGGAAGAUCAGUCCCCAAGAACCGAUGAUGUGUCUCUGUCAUUACUUUACAUGUUGAUUUGUUUCUGUAUGAAACACACACAAGCUGAGAAUAAGCCAUGAGACUUUCUUUUCAUACCUAUGACAUUUGCAGGACAAUUACUAGGUCCUUAUGCUUAGAGUAAUCCUUGGAUUUUUUAAAAAAUAUAUUCAACGAGGAAGAUAAGGCAUCUCCACCGCUCGCAUGUGGAAGUUGGUUCAUUUCUAAGGUGAUGAUUAGUUGAAAGGAAAGGAGUGGGAUUUAAGACAGGGCAAAGCACGUGGACUGCCCAUGGGGAGUUUGACUAGACUGUUGGAGCCCACAGUGGCUCUGCCAGACAGGCACGCUGAAGAUGAACAAGUGCUUUGGAAGAGCUUUCAGGGGACAGAAUGUCUGCUCAUGGGGAAAUGUGCAGCAGCUCAGUGACUCGCUGGGGAAGCAACCUAAGCAGUAAAACAGCCACCAUCCACUGAAGCAUCUGAGUCAUUUUGAGGCGCUGCGGUGUUAUGUCAUAUGCAUCAUGUGCUGCCCAUAGAACUGGGAGAGGGGUUAAAUCUGCACAAAAUCGUUUCCAGCUGAAAGGAAAGGAGGGCGUGUGUGACCUGAACUUCACUCUGCCUAACAAUGGGCUUAGACUUUCCGUUCACUUCCUUGCUGUAUAGUAGUUGAACUGAAACCGUGGUUGGCAAAUCCGAGAACACCACUUGGGGUAGGAAGUGAGACCAGGCUGAACAGUUCUUUUGCUCUGUGAAUAUUUGCUGCCCAACUUAAUGUACUUUCUUGUGCUCUAGUUUGCAGUUAGUUACCGGUGCCUUCAAUUGGUAAAUGUCACCUGCACUUGAACACACACAAAGAUGAUCUUAGUUACCAAUAACAACUGCAGACUCUUCUUAAAUGCAGAUGCAGCGCUGUAAUGGACAAAAGCAUCAAGGGGGCAGGGAGGUGGGGAAUCACACCCAGGUUUAGCGUUGUUAAUAUGAACAGAAAAAAAAAUUCUGGAAGGGAUCAAAAUUUCACAUGGAAACUGCAAAUGACACAAAAAGAACCUCCAGCAUAGGAGCUGCUCUCUGAAAUUAAACCCCCUACUCUUCCUGCCGUGAGAUGAAAUACAAAGGAGAUUUUAAAAAGGAGGGAAAGGAGUCAUCUCUUUUGUGUAUUGUGUAUGUGUGUGUGUGUGCACGCGCACAAAACCUAGUCGUAUAAAUUGGUGCUACCUGUUUUCUGUUAACAUCAAAGGGGGUUUGUUCUGCUUUUCACAUAAACCUAGUGAGCAUCUGACCUUGUCUGCAGUUUGUACCUUUUGUUUUGUUUAGAAAUCAUGAUGCUUUUUUCUUUCUCUUUUGGAAAAGCUGAACUGCAUAAAGUUGGAAUAAAUUAAACGGGAUGCCAAAAAAGUGUCAUCUUUUCCCCCGCAUCUGUUAAUAGAACAUACGUUUUUGCCUGGUGCAUCACACACAAAUACUGGCCCAUUCCCUGCUUUGUCCUACAGGCAUUGUAAACAUGAUGCAACAGGCAGCAAGGAGACGGUGGGCAUUUAUGAUUAUUAUGGGUCUCAGCUGUAUAUGGC